AUGCGUGAUUCAGCUCAGUUCACUUCUGGAAAACCCCAACCACACAGCGGAGACCUUGAGGAAGGCCCCGCCCGGAACCUGACGGGUCCAGGCAUGGCCACUUCUGCCCAAGAGGUUGUCCAGCCCCCUCUGCCUCCACCACAGCCAGACAAGGCUCCUCCAGCUGCGCUCGGGGACUUCCGCUCGCGGGAGCCAGCCGUCACAGUGUCCACCUCUGGAGACCCUGGGGACGCGUGCGGACCGGCCCUCCGUCCCCUGACGGAAGCAUCCCUGGCCUCUGCAGAGACGGUGCGGCGGUUCCAGGACGCGCUGCGGGACCAGUACCAGGCCACGCGUGCGGGCCGCGAGGGCAUCGCCGUGGAGGUGGAUCUGGUGAGCGCCAGGUUGGAGAAGGGCAGCAACAAGAGCCAGGAGCGGGAGCUGGCCACCCCGGACUGGGCAGAGCGGCAGCUGGCCCGCGGGGGUCUGGCGGGGGUGUUGGCGGCGGCCGGCCACCGCCGGCGGCCGCGGGAGACUCUGGUGAUCGCCGUGCUGGGCAAGGCCGGCCAGGGCAAGAGCCACUGGGCCCGGGCGGCCGGCGUGGCCUGGGCCGGCGGCCAGCUGCCGCAGUACGACUUCGUCUUCUACGCGUCCUGCCGCGGCCUGGACCGCCCCGGGGACACCUACCACCUGCGAGAGCUGCUCUGCUCCCUGGGCCCGCGGCCGCUGGCCCUGGACGACGAGGUCUUCAGGCACCUCCUGCGGCGGCCCGACCGCGUGCUGCUGGCCCUCGACGCCCUGGAGGAGCUGGAGGCGCAGGACGGCGGCCCGGGCGGACCCCCGACGGCGGAGCGCGGGUGCCGGGGGCUGCUGGCCGGCCUCCUCCAGGGGCAGCUGCUGCGCGGCUGCACCCUGCUCCUCACGGCUCGGCCCCGGGGCCGCCUGGCGCAGAGCCUGAGCAAGGCGCACGCGCUCUUCGAGGUGGCCGGCUUCUCCGGCGCGCAGGCCCAGGACUACGCCAGGCGCUACUUUGAGACCUCGGGGGCCACGGGCCACCCAGAGAGAGCCCUGGCCCUCCUGCGGGACCGGCCCUUCCUCCUGGCCCACAGCCACAGCCCCCCCGUGUGCAGGGCCGUGUGCCAGCUCUCCGAGGCCCUGCUGGCGCAGGGGGACCAGGCCCAGCUGCCCCCCACGCUCACGGGGCUCUACGUUGGCCUGCUGGGCCCCGUGGCCCGCGGCAGCCCCCCGGGGGCCCUGGCGGGACUGGCCCAGCUGGCCUGGGAGAUGGGCCGCACGCACCAGGGCACCCUGCGGGAGGGCCAGUUCCCGUCGGCAGAGGCGAGGACCUGGGCGGUGGCCGGAGGCCUCGUGCGGCCCGUGCCGGGGACGGCGGGGGGGCAGCUGGCCUUCUCCAGCUUCGUCCUCCAGUGCUUCCUGGGGGCCCUGUGGCUGGCCCUGAGCGGCGACAUCAAGGACAAGGAGCUGCCGCAGUAUUUGGCGUUGACCCCGAGGAAGAAGAGGCCCUACGACAACUGGCUGGAGGCCGCGCCGCGCUUCCUGUCGGGACUGAUCUUCCAGCCGCGGGCCACCUGCCUGGGAGCCCUGGUGGCGCCCGCGGAGGCCGCCUCCGUGGACAGGAAGCGCCGGGCGCUCGCCAGGUACCUGAGGCGCCUGCAGCCCGGCUCCCUGCGCGCCCGGCGGCUGCUCGAGCUGCUGCACUGCGCGCACGAGGCCCAGGAGGCCGCGCUCUGGCAGCACGUGGCGCAGGAGCUGCCCGCGCGCCUCGGCCUCCUGGGCGCCCGGCUCGCGCCCGCCGACGCCUUCGUGCUGGGCCAGGCCCUGAGCGCGGCCGGCCGGGACUUCUCCCUGGACCUGCGCAGCACGGGCAUCGACCCCUCCGGCCUGGAGAGCCUCGUGGGACUCGCCUCCGUCACCCGCUUCAGGGCCGCCCUGAGUGACACAAUGGGGCUGUGGGAGUCCCUGCAGCAGCGUGGGGAGACCCGGCUACUCCAGGCCGCAGAGGACAAGUUCACCAUCGAGCCGUUUAAGGCCAAGUCCCUGAAGGACGUGCAGGAUCUGGAGAGUCUCGUGCAGACCCAGAGGUUGAGGAGUUCCUCUGAAGAGGCCCCGGGGACCCUGCCUGCUGUCCGCGACCUGAAGAAGCUGGAGUUUGCGUUGGGCCCCAGCUGGGGUCCCCAGGCUUUCCCCAGACUGGCCAAGAUUCUCCCCGCCUUUUCGUCCCUUCAGCAUCUGGACCUGGACUCGCUGAGCGAGAACAAGAUUGGGGACGAGGGAGUCUCGCAGCUCUCAGCCACCUUCCCUCAGCUGAAGGCCCUGGAGACACUCAACCUGUCCCAGAACAGCAUCACCGACGUGGGGGCCUGCAAGCUGGCCGAGGCCCUGCCCUCACUUGCUGCGACCCUCCUCAGGCUCAGCUUGUAUAAUAACUGCAUCUGCGACCUGGGAGCAGAGAGCCUGGCCCGCGCGCUUCCAGAGAUGGCGUCCCUGCGGGUGCUGGACGUCCAGUACAACAAGUUCACAGCCGCGGGCGCCCAGCAGCUGGCCUCCAGCCUGAGAAAGUGCCCUCACGUGGAGACACUGGCAAUGUGGACUCCCACAAUCCCCUUUGGUGUGCAGGAGCAUCUGCAGCAGCUGGACUCCCGGAUCAGCCUGAGAUGACGCUGGCUGGGCUCUGGACAAGCACAGACUCUGAGGACGCUGACGCGCUGGACCCUGACCUGGGUUCCGUGGACCCAGCUCGUUUCCGGGCACCCCAUGAGCCUCGGCAUCCUGGCCCCCCGCCCCUGCCGGCUCAGGAUCGGCCCGUCCGGCUGGUGAAUGGACUCAUCUUGGCGGGCAGGCCCGGGCCCCACCCCAGGCUCCCCAGGGCCCAGGCCCACGCCAGCCUGUUCAGCUGCUCUGAGCCCUGGUGGACAGGUGGGCGCCACGGCAGCAGGCCUGAGCCGUACCCUGUGCACCACUGGGCAGUCAGGGCCAGGCCAGAGCCCAGGCCUGAGGCAGCCUCCCUGGGGCCCGCCUAGUGUCCCUGCUGCUCUCCAACAGGGCACCGAUGGGCCGACUCGCCACUGUGAAGACACCAGCCUGCCAGUCCCCCAGCCUGAGCAGGCCCUGCGGCAGCUGCUCCCGUCUGUGGUGCUCGCUGCUGCACUGACUUUUGGCCAAGGCCAAAGCUAGGCCCGGCCAGAACACUGGACCUCAGCCGGGACCCAGCAAACGAUACACUAAGGGGGAGGGAGCCGCCUGGAGCCCCUGCCCCUGCCCUCGCCCUGUGUCGCCCUUUCCACUACGUGAUAAAGUCCCACGUGGGUCGUCGGCUGGCCCAGGGUUUGGGCUUACACCACGAUUUCCA